UAAGUUUCUCGUGUGUGUUCAAUUUUUGUAUUUUUGGGUAAACAAAUAAUGUUCUAACCUGCGGAGGAAAGAUUGUAAGUGAGAAUCUAAGACAAAGAUGAGCAUGGAGGAUGAUUGGGAUGUGGAGCAACAUAAAGUGGAAUAUGAGUCUGACGAGCACUGGGAGUUACGGCGUAAAUUUUUGCUGACCCACAAAGAUAAGUUUCCUGAAGAUGUGCUCGUCUGUUUAGCUCAAGUAUUCGUCAAUGUCGAACUAUUAGGAUGCAGAUAUCCACAAGAAACGAUGAAUUUAGUUAAAGAAUUAUCGCAAGAUGUUGCGGCUGAAUAUAGAGAAAAACAAAAAAAAAAGUUACAAAGAACAUUUGUGGCAGCAUCAGAGGCAGCUAGUUCUAAGGUGAAAGGAUGUACUGCUAAAACAUCUACUGUCACAGAAGAAUCUAUACCGAAUAUGCCUAAUACUAUAUCAAGUACAACUAAUCAUACUGAUCAAUCUCAUAAAAAGCGUUCUAAAAAAAAUAAAAAGCUCAAAAUUGAGAAGAAAUCACUUCCUAAUGUUACAAAAGAACCUAUAUCCAGUACAAUGAAUUACAACUACCAAUCGUGCGAAAAACCUGAUAUCGAAGAGAAACUGUCUAAAAGAAUAAAAACAGAAGAAAAUAUCUCGUUUAAAAAUCAAAAUCAUCCAUAUAAAGACAUUGUUCUGUGGAAAAAGUCAGAUAAUGAUAAUGCGGUAAAUAUACUAGAAAUGUCAGCUGCAGUAUCUGGUAUCGCCAUGAAUUGGAAGUACUGUAGGACAGAAAAAGGCUGGGAAUGCUCUCUUAAUUUUGACUUACAGAAAUUAAGUUGUAGCACUGAUACCAAUAAGAAAGUAGCCAGACAAAAAGCAGCCGCUGUUGCAUUAGAAAAAUUACAAAAACACUGCUAUACAGUUAAGGUUAAAAAAGACAUAUGUGCAAAAGUAACCGUAACGACAGAAGAACUAAUGUCUCAGGAAUCUCUCUCCAAUGAUGAUUUGAAAGUAUCUAAUUGCAUUGGGAAAAAUAUGAUGAAAAUGAUGGGCUGGACUGGCGGUGGUCUUGGAAAAUCCGAACAGGGUAUUGUGGACCCCAUGUGUGUCAUGGUUAAAACGCAAAUAAAUCGAGAAGGUCUUGGCUUGAAAAAAAAUUCUUAUACGGAGAAUGAAAUAAAAAUCAAAUGUCGAAAAUUAUUUAAAGAGCUCUUACAAAUGGAUACUUAUUCGGGAAACGACAUUGUGUUUUUGGAUUUUCCUAAAGAAGAUAGAGUCGUGAUUCAUCAAAUUGCACGAACAAUGGGUCUUAAAUCACGUAGUCAAGGUAAGGAUUCACGAAAACUGAUAGUCUCAAGUAAAGUCAAUAUAUGGAGUUUGGUCAGAGAAUUAAACAAUCUUGGUGGAGUUACCGAAAAGUACGAAUUGGUGAAACCGACUGAUAAAGAAUUCAUUUCAUUACCAACUUCUACUUGUAUAUAAAAAAUGAAGAUAUUAUAUAUGUAUAUUUAAAGUAUUUAAACGAUAUCAUCUGUGACAUUGAUGUAGUAGCAUAA